AUGAUGCUAUCUGCGCUGCGAACCAUCCGAUCUCCGACGACACGCGCUGCGACACAGGUGCGCACAGUCGCGACGCAACCCCAGAGGCGCGCGGGCGACAUCUCGGAUGCCUUUGCCUCACUUUCGGGACACGACUUCAAGCCAUUGACACCUGAAUAUGCCGACCUCAAAGCCCGUCUGAUUCGGGGUCACGAAAGUGAAGUUCGGGAUUCAUGGCACCGCCUUCUUCGCAACCUGCGCGACGAGAUUCCGCGCAUUGUUGAGCAAGGCAGCAAAGUCAUUCCGGAAAUCGAUUUCAAGGAUAUCGACAAUGCGUCUGAAGUCUUCAGUAGUCAGCUGCGAGAGAGAGGUGUCGCUGUUGUGCGGGGCGUAGUGUCGGAACAAGAAGCACUGCAGUGGAAGGAGGAUCUCAGAGAAUAUAUCCGGCAAAAUCCUCAGACAAAGGCUUUUCCUGCCGACAACCCUCAAGUAUUUGAGCUCUACUGGUCGCGCCCUCAGCUCCUCGCACGCGGAAACCCUAAUCUCCUUAAGGCGCACCGCUUCCUCAUGUCGUAUUGGCACAGCAGUAAUCCACAUAUACCACUGUCUACAAAGCACCCGAUAAGCUAUGCCGACCGUCUGCGCCUCCGUCAACCCGGUGACGCCAGAUUUUCAAUUGGACCCCACGUUGACGGCGGCAGCGUCGAGCGCUGGGACGAACAAGGAUACGGACUUGGAAAAGUGUACGACUCGAUUUGGAAGGGCAAAUGGGAAGAGUUUGAUCCUUGGGAGGCCAGCUGCCGUUUGCCUAUUGUCCCAGAUCUCCAUCAGGGUGUCGGAGCAUGCACCGCUUUCCGCAUGUUCCAAGGCUGGCUCUCGCUCUCCACAACCCGCCCACUUGAAGGCACGCUUCUCGUAAACCCGCUUUUCGCAAAAGCAACAGCAUACUAUAUGCUCCGCCCCUUCUUCUCCCCCAAACGCGGCGUCGAACCAGGCGCGCAAACCGCAUCCGAAGCAACCACCAACACCGCUGCUUUCCUAUCCCCAGACAACUGGGAAAUGGACUCACCUCAAACAUCCUGGAUCCACGGCGCAACACCCGGCCACGGCCAAGAACUCUCAGAACUACUCCACCCGCAUCUGCAGCUGCAGAAAACAAUGAUUCACGUCCCGACUGUCCGGCCCGGUGACUUCGUCGCCUGGCACUGCGAUACCAUCCACAGUGUCGACAAGAAACAUCAAGGCGCUUCGGAUUCCAGCGUCCUUUACAUCCCUGCUUGUCCCAUGACAGAAGAUAACGCAAACCACCUCGUUCGCCAGCGCAACAACUUCGUCAACGGCACCCCGAGCCCAGAUUUCGGUAGCGGCAUUGGCGAGUCAAAACAUGUAGGUCGCGUGCUUCCAGAUGAGAUGCAGCAGCUUGUUGGAGAGGAAGGGUGUCGUGCUAUGGGGUUGCUGGAAUGGGAUAGCGAGGAGCCUGGAUUGGCUCCCGGUGAGAAGGUAAUACUUGACCGAGCGAAUAAGAUUCUAGGGUUUUAUGAUUGA